ACCCAAAACGACACCGUAGCCUUUAUUUAAAACUCUUUGAAGGAUUUUACAAGCUAGAACGGCUCCACGCCAACUGGGGAUUCAAUUCGGUGAGACUGAGAACGAACGGUGACUCAAUUCGGUGAUGCAGUCCAACUAGCUUGGAACUCUGAGGAAAGAGAAAUGUCCAGGUUUCGAGGACUAUUGCAAGCUUCCUUAAAUGCAACCAAGAAAGCACUUACAUGGAAUGUUGAAGACCUGGUGCCUCCAACUGAGAGAUAUAUUUUCAAUUUCAAUUCGAAGGAUGAGCUCAAGAAGUGGCAUCUAUAUUCUGAUUCUGAAUAUGGAGGUUUGUCCUCGGCAUCUUUAGAGAUCCCAGAUACUGGAAAUGGACCCAACGGAAUUUUCUCGGGUAACCUUUCGUUGGAUUUCAUUGAGGGUUCAAAAUUGAAGAUAAACAGGAGUGGCUUUUGUGGAAUGCGGUCCAAAAAGUUUGACGGCUUCAUUGAUUUGGACCCAUAUGAUACCGUAGCACUGAAAGUUAGAGGAGAUGGAAGAUGCUACAUAUCUACGAUCUAUACAGAAAAUUGGGUAAAUUCACCUGGGCAAGAAGAAGAUAAUUCGUGGCAAGCUUUUGUUUUUGUACCCAAAGACAACUGGUACAUUGCAAAGAUUCCUCUUGCCCGGUAUCUACCAACAUGGAGAGGAAAUGUUAUAGAUGCAGAAAUGGAAAUGAAUCCUUCUCGCGUUGUUGGUAUGUCUCUAUCAGUCAAUGCAGAAGGUGGUCUCCCAGGUGCUAGAGUUGGACCGGGUGAUUUCAAGCUCGAAAUUGAUUGGAUCAAGGCUUUAAGAACACAGUGAAUCCUGUAAAAUAUUUUGGAGAAUGAAAUUCAGUUGUAUUCAAGUUUUGUUUUACGGUGGUAACAAAGCAUUGGAGGGCUUGACAAUUCACAGAAAAUGAAUGCUCCUGCCGCUUUCCUGCUAAUACAGUUGAAAAUUUUGCUCCGUUUGUGGGUUACAGUGAUAGCAAAUUUGAGCUUUUGCAAUAAUAGUUGGCCUCCAUUAUCUGGAAGGUCUUGUAUA